AUGGCGAGUCUUUGGACACAUUGCUGUGUUAUAAUUCUAGUGUUAUUAUCGAUUUCCCACACACUUUCACAGGAUGAAGACAGUUAUGCGAGUCAUGUUACUGAUGCCCAUAUCAAGCACCAGACUCUGCAUAAACUGCACCAAUUUCUGCAAUCUGAAGAUAUGAAUUCCUGGAAAAGCAAUCUUUCUAGGGAAAAACUUAUUCGAAGAGCAAAUAUCGCAGCUGGUAAUAUUACUUCUCUCAACAACAUGCUCCAUACAGUUCUCAGUAAUAACAAUGUGCAGGCGAUUUUGAAGAACGUAUUUCCACAACUAGCUUCUGUCACUAAUUCUCAAGAACUUUCUGAACUAUUACAAGGUGUAUUGAGCAAAAUAACGAAAAAUGACACAAUGGGACAACAAAUUCAGCUGUACUCGGACUUGAUGAAAGGAAAUAUUAUGGGACUAAUGAAAGACAUAGAUCCAAAGGUGCUUCAAAGUGUCAUCAAGUCGAUAGCUGCCAAUCUAACGAAAGGCAAUCUAAAUCUUCCAAGCCAAAACACACUUCCAGGAAUUUUAAGCAAAGGACUAAAUGCCGAAACGAUUGCAACUUACGUUCUUAGUAUCUUGCGCUCGAAAAUUAUGUCAAUAAAAUCCUCCGAUAUAUGUAAAGAGGAUGUAAUGAAUACAAUAUCAGGUCUUUCAAACCGCCAGUCAUGGGCCUUGAAAAUGUUAGAUGCAUCUGCUAAACUUCCACCCGAUAUACUUGACGUCAAUAUCAACUGGUAUGGGUCCUAUGACGAGUGUAUUGCAGAUUCUUCUGUUCUUGACCAGACCAAUAUUCUACCGAGAAACUCCUCAUUUCCUGUUGUUAAGCCACAGUAUUGUACCGUCAGUAUAUAUCCACCUGUACCUCCAGCAGCGAGAGGGUUGCUCGGAAUAUUCGGUGGAGGACUUAUCAAGGCUGGAGCUUGUGUCCCGAAAUCGUGCAGCAACAGCGAUAUUCUUCUCUUAUCUAGUCAAUUUCUCGCCUCUGUUCCGAUUGGAAAACAACAAUUUUAUGCAACAAAUGUAGACUGUGUGAAGGAAAGGCCGUAUGAAACAAAGGACAUUGCUGUCAUAUCACUCCUGGGUGUAUUUCUUGUUCUUAUGAUUCUUGGAACCCUUUAUGACUUUGUCAAUGUUCAGUAUCCAAAAUACAAAUCCGGAAAAAUGGAUGAAAAGUCUGUUAACAACUCGAUGGAUUCCGAUGGCAUUUAUAAAUUGAAAUCAUUUGACGUAAACCCGACGGAUGUAGAAAAGGACAAAAAAGACGAUAAAACUGAUGACGGCGUAUUCGGAAAGAUUCUAUUAUCCUUCUCAAUUUACUCAAACGCCAAGAAGAUCUUAAGCACAACGCAGCCAAAAGGAAGCUUGACGGCGGUGAAUGGUAUACGCUUCCUUAGUAUGAGCUGGGUAAUCCUGGGACAUACGUGGGCUUUCACAUCCACCAGCCAGUUUGGAUCAAACUUUGGACCAUAUGCAUCAAAAUUUUUCAAGAGAAGAUCAGCUCAGGCGAUUUUGAAUGCCUUAUUUUCUGUUGACACGUUCUUUGUUCUGAGCGGACUUUUAACAUCAUAUUUGACUCUGAAACAGAUGAGUAAGGUGAAGGGCAGAAUUAACUGGUUUCUGUUUUAUUUCCAUCGGUUUUGGAGACUGACACCAGCAUACAUGAUGUUGAUAGCAGUAUCCGUAGGAGUUGCACAUCACGUGGUUAACGGACCAAAUGCACCAAAACCAGAUGCAGUCUGUCCCAAAUACUGGUGGUGGAAUCUCCUCUACAUUAACAAUUUUGUUGAUAGCUCCUCAAAACUGUGUGUUGGAUGGUCAUGGUAUUUGAAUAAUGACAUGCAGUUCUACAUUCUAAGUCCACUUAUGAUUGUACCAUUGUUUUUUAAAGACAUAAUUGGUGUCAUCUCCUGCGGUGUAUUUCUUGCGGCUACCACGAUCACUACUGGUGUGUUAAGUCACCACUACAGCUGGAAUCCCUCGGUUGUUGGGGGUGGAAAACAUCCAGGUGGUGAUGUAUUCAAGGACUACUACAUUAAACCAUACUGUAGAAUGGGUCCCUACAUUUGUGGUAUAUUUACCGGAUACCUAUUGUACAAAUUUAAGAAUAAAUGCCAUAUUAAUAUCUUUGUAAAUCUAGGAAUUUGGGGAGUGGCCACAGCAUGCGCAUCAGCAGCACUGUACGGACUUUACGACGCUUUUAACGGACAUCCUUUAUCUAAUGAAGUUUCGUCUCUAUAUAAUGCUUUAAGCAGAACUGUUUGGGGUGCUGCUGUUUGCUGGGUUAUUUUUGCAUGCGCAACCGGAAAUGGAGGGCCAAUAAACACUAUCCUGUCGUGGAAAGUUUUGGUGCCUUUGUCCAGAUUGACAUACUGCGCCUACCUCGUACACCCACUGAUAAUUUAUGCAUACAACGGGAGUCACCCACAAACAGUCUAUCUAAGUGAUAUUGACCUCAUUUACAAGUUCUUGGCAAACCUCGUGAUGUCCUAUGGAGUUGCGUUUAUUUUCUCGUUAUCUUUCGAGUCACCUUUCAUGGGGCUGGAGAAGGUCCUGCUCUCGGGAAUUUCAAAGAAAAGUGAAAAUAGUAAACCAAAAAACUGAGUUAUAAUGGAGUCAGUAGUAUUGCUUGUAUAUCUUGAGAUUAAUUCAUUUUACAAAUGUAUGUAUGUAGAGUUUUAAUUUGAUACCCAGCGAGAAAUGUUGACAAAAAUGUGUAUUCAUGUAAAAGCAAAACUAUGUUUUCGGUUUGUGCGGCGCAAAAUGGUUUUGAAUAGAAAUUUACUUGUAUCACGGUCUGAUAAAAUUAUAUUUUUUGUAUUGUU